AUGAGGUUCCUCAAUUCUCUUGUCAGCCUCUCCUGGCUCGGCUCGCAGGCGCUCUUCGCGGACACUGUGACAGCCCACCCCACUUCCACGGAUGUUACUUUCAUUGAUGAUCCUAUCGUCAACGAAACAACGGCAUGGGCCCAGCUGGAUGAUGAUGCUGGAUACCACGGUCCGAAGAGGCGCGAUGACAAGACGCCUCUGAGGAUCAUGGCCCUGGGCGCCUCCAUUGUCUUUGGUGUCGGCUCGCCCGACCAGAACAGCUACCGCAAGGUUCUGCGCCAGCAGUUGCGCCAUGACGGCCACCCGGUCGACAUGGUCGGCACCAAGAACAGCGGGAAUAUGAAAGAUAACGACGUCGAAGCUGUAUCUGGGUUCAUCGUUUCUGAAAUCCACGACCUCUCCAAGGCUUCCUAUAAGUUCAAGCCUAACAUGGUCAUCAUCAACGCUGGCACCAACGACAUUGUUCGCAGUAUUGACAAUGCGAACCAGCACAUCCGCUUCCGCAACAUGAUCCAGGGCCUCUGGGACAACAUCUCCCCCGGGACUGUUGUCAUCGCCACAACUAUCCUGCCGAUCGGUGGUGAAGCUGAUGCUAGACGUCAAGCCGUCAAUGAGAAAUAUCGUGAGGUCGUGCGGGAUCUGUACGCCCAGGGGCGACCCAUCUUCCUCGCAGAGAUGGAUGGCCACAUCGCUCUGUCGGAUCUUGAUGACGGUGUCCACCCUAACGCGCAGGGGUUCAAGAAGAUGGCCGGGCCUAUCUACGCCGCCAUCGGCCGUGCGAGGUUUCAGGGCCGACUGAUGGAACCUCUAGACGCCGGGGAUGCUCUCGAUCAAGGAGGUGUCGGCUGCCACAAGAUGCCAGGCAACGGCAUCAACGCUGGUGCUCUCACACAGGUCGGCAGCGGCUACGAUGAUGGUGAGUACAUCCACGACGCUCAGGACAUGGGCGCCGUUACCACCAUCACUAGCGACUGGGAUCGCGACCAGUGGUUCUUUGCCCGCAUCUUCCGCUCGGACCGUGAUGAUCUGCUCGGUUGGAUCAAGAACGGAGACAAGGUCCUAUACUCUGUGCGCAGAAAUGACGGCGACGGCAAAUUCACCCUGAUUGGCGACCUCGACGUACACGACAACUGCAUUCAGAGAGGGGUCCAGUGGGCUGACCUCAACGGCGACGGGCUCGAUGACUUUGUCUGCAUCGGCUCUGACGGUGCUGUGUUUGCCAGCAUCAACAACGGCAACGGUGGUGGCGGCACACUGCCCACGUUUACACACAUUGGUACCUGGAAGGCCAGGGACCCUGCCUACGCCCAGGCCGACAUCCGCAUUGCCGACAUUGACGGUGACGGACGGGCCGACUUCAUCGGUCUCAGAGGGAACGGCGACGCUUGGGUCUGGCGCAACGGUGGCAUCGGCAACAAGCCAUCCUACUUUCAGGCCAUGGGUAGGCGUUUCGAAGGUAAAGGCAUGGGCAACCUCGCCGGCACACGCUUCGAAGAUCUCAACGGUGACGGUCGCGCCGACUGGCUCUGGGUUGCCGACAACGGACAGACGAUGACUUAUACCAACUCGCGAAGCUGCCACUGGGGCAAGGAAGGUGAUGGUCUCUGCUCCGCCUGGCGAAUCGGCACCAAUAAGGCUUCGGGCAAAUCUCCAACGCACACGGGCGGCAUGGCCAACGGUAUCCGGAACAGGAUUCACUUUGCCCGUGUCUACGGCAGCCCGCAGGACUUUGGUCUCCUAUCACGCAAGGACUACGUCUGGAUGGAGCACAAGGAGCUCUCCAACGGGAAGCACGAGUUCAAAGUCAGGGUGUGGAAGAGCAAAGGUUACGGUGCGACCAAGCCUAAGGCUGACGGUAACUUUUACUGCGAUAUGACAGGCAACGGGCGCGAUGACUACGUUUGGGUUCUCUCUAAGGGCGAGAUGGACCUCCGGGACAAAAAGGCCUUCUUCAAGCCGCCCAGGGAUCUCGACCGUCGCGAUAUCCAUCUGACCGACUUUGAUGGCGAUGGCAGGUGUGAUAUCAUUCACGUCGACCACAACAACGGGAACCGCGUGGAAAUGUGGAAGAACAACUACACACCCAGAGGGGGUUUCAACUGGCAGUACAUCGCCAACCCGGCCCCUGCGAUUAACUGCCCUGAGAAGCGCGGCGUCGGCUUCCGGGGCUGGCCGAUACGUUUCGCCGAUGUUACGGGAAGUGGAAGAGCCGACUACGUCUGUGUUGAGAAGGAUGGCCGCAUGUGGGGAUGGACGCAGGACGGUAACGGCGGCUGGACGCAUGUCGACCAGUUCUUCAGCGCCAAGGGCCACGACCGCGCCAACCUGCAGUUUGCGGACGUUGACGGUGACGGUAAAUCCGACAUCAUAUGGAUCGAGAAGUUUACCGGUGACGCUUUUGUGUACUACAACCUCGGCCGGAGGGAUAUCGGAGGGUCUCGGUACCACUGGGCGACAAUCCCAGCCGGAGGACCGGAGAGGGCGUAUGUUGGAAGCUUCGCCGGUUCGUGCCAGUACUUCCCGGACUUUGACGGCGACGGCCGCGCGGACCUGCAUAGUAUUCAGGCGACAUUCCCCAAUACGGCCGUCACGGCGUACAACAGAUGCGGUGGAAACCGCAACGGUGACGACUGGGACCCUUCGUACGAGCCUGAAAUCGUUAUGCCACCCCCGGGACAACCUAUCGAGGGUACCCCCGGCGGUGGCGGCGCUCAGCCGAUCGAAGACGGAUGGAGAGAGAUUCCAUGCACGCACCAAGGCGUCACAGAUGCCAGAAAGGACGCCGAGUGGCGCUGGGAUCAGGUCCUGACGCCCGCCGCCUGGGCCGCCGCCCUCCGGAACUACAGGUCGGAUAGUGAGUCGAACCCCGACUUCGUGUUCACCCGCUCUAUCAGCAAUUUCUUCAACGGUCCCGAGUCCAUGGACUGCCACAAGCUGACGGGAGCCAACGGCUGCACGGGGGGCUCCUCCUUGCAGUGUAACGACACCAACGCCCCCGCGGGCUACUUCAUCCUUAACUCGUUCCGCAACAUCAACGCCAUCCUGUGGAACACGUACGAGGCAUUAGGGGACUCGUACACUGACGCCGGGGCCUCGAUCAAGGAGUUUGGCAAGACAUUCUCCCCCGUCAAGGACAGCGAUCUGAGCGUGGCCAUUCUCAUCGACAUCCUCACCCUCGGCUACGGCGCCGUCAUGGCUCCAACGUGGAACAAAGCGAUCAGCAAAGUGCCCUGGGCGAAGAACAACGGCGACGACUUCAGCACGCUCAAGGAUUUCACCAACGAUAUGGUCUUGGGUGGGUUUACCCUGACCAAGGACCUCAUCGGCAACGUCGUGACUAGCCCGGACUCGGCCCUCACAGUGAACUUGAAGUUGGUCAUCAACGCGUGGGAGACGGCCAUUGACAAGUUCGCGAUUGAGAUCUUCAGCGGUAAGGGCGACAGGCUGUCCAAGAUGAUUGCCAACGGCAAGAUGAUCUCCUCGGUGACCGUCAUUCCUUCGACUAAGGAGCUGCGGGCAGACAUUGACAAGGCUUUGUACGCCACGCUGAUCCCCCUGGGCUGGAAGAUCUCCAACCAGGAUCUGAACCCAUUCAUCGUCGAUUCGAAACGCAGCUGCGAUGCCGCAGACAACGACGAGUGGAUCAAGCUGCGUAUCACUAACGGCGCCAUCAAGUCCGAAAAGGUCUGCAUCGCCGACCGCGCUUACUUCCUUCUCGCCGCCGAAAACCCAAAGCAAGAGUGCGAUGAUGAUAAGUACGGCAUCGGCUGCUCUAAGUUCGACGGCCUCCCCGGCACGAGCGCCCUGGGACCCCUGUGGGGCGACGUGACGAGGGAGGACAUGGUCAGGGGCUCCAUCAACACCUUCAAGGCCCACGGCAAUAAGAACCAGGAGAAUCCUCGGGUGCCCGGAAUCCUGGAUGCUGAACAGAUUGACGCCAUGGCGGAAGUCAACAUCCAGGCGCCGUACGUCUUCAACUUCCCCAUCUGCGACGUCAACACAUCGUUCAGAGGAUACUAUGAGGGUGGUCUCGCUGGCCACGUCAAGAAGAGCUACUUCCCAUGCAACCUCAACUACGAUCUUUAA